CUUAAAAUAACAAUGGAGGGCAGCAAGUAUGGGUAUUAUAGAGGAAGAAAAGAACAAGAGGCUAAAGAUAAGAAGAUAACCCACAAAAGAAAUAUUAUCAGGAAUGAAAUUAAAGUUAACGAUGUUGAUCCUAUUUGGAGAAAAGCAGCACAAAUGGUGGCCAACAAAAAUAAUGAUAUGGUGCAUUUGACACCAGAUUCACAAGAGAUAAGGCUUCGGGAUGAAGACUCAGACUCUCAUAAUUCUAGAAGAGAAUCUGGUAUCAAGAGGAUUAAACCCAAGAUCGUUGGUAAUGGCGCUUCUAAUCAAAAGUAUAAAUCGAUUGAGAGAAAAGUAGUUCCCAACCCUCAGAGGAACAUUAGAGACAAAGUUUUUAAUGGAGGAGAGGAGUUUAUCUCUCCAUCAAAUCUUGAAUCUGGCUUUAGCUCUUGAGAUUUUCACUCUAUUGAUGAGUUUAGCCUUGAUAAGAGCAAUAUUAGCAUAAGACAGAUGAAUUUCGAUUCUAAUAAUCAACGGCCAAAAUAUGAACCAAGGUUAAAUAAUAGAAACAAUAGAGAUCCUACCACUUUUGAAUACAAUACUAAAAAGGAAGUGAAUAGAAAAGACAGAGCGAGAGUUCUAAGAAAUAAUGAAGCCCAAAGAAGAGUAAUCAACAUAUGUCCAAAAGUAGAAGAGUCAAAGGUUUCUUAUGUUUUUAAAGAAGUUUCUAGUUUUGAUAAAAGCAUCGAAGUCCCCUCUAGUUUUCUUGAGCCUUCUAUUGUUUUUGACGAGAAGGAUGGAAAAUUUGGAUCUACUGUAAAAACCAACAUCUCUAAAUAUAAUUUUAAGCCAAUCUAUGCAAGUCCUGCUUCUCGUAAAUCCAUUAUGAAAAGUAGAAUGCCAGCCUGAGGUCAAAUCCUCCCUAAAACUAAUGAAUCAGAGUCCUUAGUAGCUUGUUCAUUCUCUGAUUGAAAUCAGAAUGAGGCAAGCCAUUCAGAGAGUAUGGUCAAACAAGAACCAAUCAAUGCUGUUCAAGAAAAUGAGUAUUACAAUAUCCAGCCAGUACACAAUAAAGAAGAAUCUAAAAAGAAAUAAACUGAAAGAGUACCUCACACAAGUUGAUCAGAAUGCAGAUUUUAAGAAUAUAAUUAGCAAACCUAAGAAGCAGACAACUCGCUCAAAGAAUGAUUCUAGGAUCAAAAGCGGUCCUAAAGGUCAUGGAUCAACCGGAGGAGCUGAGUCCUCUCACACUCCUAGUGAAGAAGAGAACCUUGACCAUAAAGAGUUUCAAAUUCAAGGCCCUUUAGAAAAUGAUCUCAUGAAUCCUGAAAUGCUACAAUCACGAGAAACCGAAAAGGAAGAAGGAGAGGAAGAAAACUUUUCUGAAGUUCAUAAAAUGCACAUGAUUCAAACUCUACAAGGCCUUCUAUUUAUAAAAUCUCUAGAAGAAGUUUCACAGGAAGAAAUUGAAGACAAGAAAAUAUAUCUACCUCCUCCUGACUGAGAGAGCAAACAAAAAGUUAUUGUUUUUGAUUUGGACGAAACUCUUGUUCACUGUUUAGAAGACUUUGAUCCUCAGGAUGUUGAUCACGUGCUAUCAAUAGAAUUCCCUGGUAAUGAAGUAAUUGACGCAGGCCUGAAUGUCAGACCAUAUGCAAUUGAAUGCUUGAAAGAAGCUAAUAAACAUUUCCAAGUUAUUGUGUUCACAGCAUCUCAUUCUUGAUAUGCUGAUGCAGUCCUUGACUUUAUCGAUCCAAAUCGUGAGUUAAUACAAUAUCGAAUGUACAGAGAUCAAUGAGUAGAGACGCCACAAGGGAUUUAUAUAAAAGAUUUAAGAAUGAUUGCUAAUAGGGACUUGAAAGAUAUUCUGUUGGUAGAUAAUGCUUCUUACUCCUUCGGAUACCAACUUGAUAAUGGAAUCCCUAUAAUUCCUUUUUAUAACGACAAAAAGGACAGAGAGCUACUCCACUUAAUGCAGUAUUUGAAGUGAGUGAUCUCUUCUGAUGAUGUAAGGGAGCAGAACAGAAAAGCAUUUCAGUUAGGAGAAUUGACUGAGAAAGAAAUCUCAGAAUAUCUCAAACUCUAUUCCAAUUCAGAUGAUGAAGACGAGGAAGCUGAAGGAGAAGGUGAAUAUGAGGAAGAAGAGGAUAGCCCUCAAGAGGGGUCUAGAUACAACCAAGUGUUCGAAAGUCAAGAAUAUUUAUAUGGAAAUACGAAUAAUAAUGAAAUCAUGAUCUAUAGUGAUGAUGUAUCCAGAGAAUCAGGGUCGAUGAGAUGUAAUUAUUAA